CUUUGAGCGCUCGACCCGCUUCAUCUUUCAUUGCUUUGUUCCCGAACUCAACCUCGAUUUGACGACAGACUCGAGCUCUCCGCUUCUCUCGACAAGAUGGCGCCCAAAGCCGCUCCUAACGGCAACGGCCGCAAACGCAGCGCAUCCGCAGCCAUAGAGAACAAGAGCAAGGUCGCAAAGAGGGCUACUACGCCUUCUACGCCAAUGGCGGCUACCAAGCUGCGCGCUGGCUCACUCGCACCCGGCACUCCGACCCGUCGAGCUCGACAGGGUCCUGUCUACUCAGUCAAGCAAGGCAUCAAUCCUCUCCCUGCUCCUGUCAAGCCGAUUACCCUCGCAGAGCUCAAGGCAGGUUUGCCCAUCGGCUUUCCUGCCACUGGAGCAUCCUCCUCCUCUUCAUCCUCAUCGUCCGCUGCGCUUCCCCGCCAGCUCUUCGUAUUCGGCAAUGGAGACAUGGGUCAACACGGCCUGGGCACCGAUGCCCUCGACGAGAUCAAGCGUCCUCGCAAGCAUGCUUGGGUUGCAGACAAGAUUGCCAAUGGCGACUUUGGAGUUGGUGGUCUUGAGCAGAUUGUAGCUGGAGGCAUGCAUACACUCGCCAUUGACGGGCAAGGGCGUGUCUGGAGCUGGGGCAUCAACGACAACGCCGCGCUGGGCAGGAGUACGACAAGAGAGCCAGACGUCGAGGCAGAGGUCUUCGAGACGGAGCCGAUGCUGGUUGAGGGUCUUUCGCCUACCGGCAGGGGUACACUCCCGGGAAGCAAGGCGGCGGGUGGAGGAACGCAGGGCGAAGUUGAGCAGUUCAGGGCGACGAGGAUUGCCGCAGGAGACAGUGUAUCGGUAGCACUCAGCGAAGAUGGCCAGGUCAGGGUUUGGGGAUCAUUCCGCUCCAACGACGGCCUGCUCGGCUUCGAUGGUCAAGUCGGCUCCUCCAAGACGCAGUUCCAGCCCGUUUCUCUUCCCAACCUCCUUCAGCAUUCCUUCGUCCAAGUAGCAUGUGGCGAUGACCAUGUUCUCGCCCUCACAACUACCGGACUGGUCUACUCGUGGGGCAACGGACAGCAAGCACAACUCGGCAGGCGCAUCAUCGAGCGUCGCAAGAUCAACGGCCUCAACCCUGAGAAGGUCGGCCUGCGCGACAUUGUCCUGAUCGGCACCGGCGCGUACCACUCUUUCGCAGUCGACAAGAAGGGUCAAGUUUACGGAUGGGGCCUCAACUCGCUGCGUCAAGUCGGCAUCGAUACCGAGGAGGACAUUGUCCCCACCCCUCGCCUCAUCACGGCGCUUAGCCCCAAGUCACUCAGCGCCGACGGUUCCGUCCGUGUCGUUAGCAUCGAAGCCGGGCAGCACCACUCCCUCUUCCUCCUUUCCGAUGGCCGCGUCUUUGGCUGCGGACGAUGUGACGGCUGCGAGCUUGGAUUGGCACCAGAGCACGAGGCCAUGAUUGAGGUCAAGAAGAUGCGCGACGAGUGGCGCGAAACUCGCGAGGAGCUAUUGAAGGUGGAGACGGAGGCGUGGCAGAAGAGAAUGGAGGCAAAGAAGGCUUCAGCUGGCGGUAGCGAUGUGAAUGCCGCCAUGGCUAACGUCGUCUCCUCCGAUGACCUUCCCCCGGUCAUGGGCCCGCCGCCUGACGAGUUCAUCGCCACGCCCGUACACGUCCCCUUCCCGAGCGGCGACUCAAAGAUCGCCUACCUGUCCUCGGGGGCACGUCACGUCCUUGCGGUGGGCACAGGCGGUACUCUCUAUUCGUGGGGCUUUGGCAACCAGUCUCAGCUGGGUUUGGGCGAUGAGGAGGCAGCACAGACGCCUACGGAGGUCAAGAGCAAGCAGUUCAAGGGCCACAAGGCCGUCAUGGUGGGUGCAGGUGGGCAGCACUCGACGGUGCUUGCAGUGAGGGACCCAGACGUCACGGUCGACUAAAAUGAGAGGGCAAAGCAAACAACGCCGGCGUCCAACGUCUGUAGCAAUCAGAACCCAUUACAAAGAGCAGCACACUUCGAUUUUCGUACGUCGCGGUCUAUCAUUGCCCUUCUUGCCUUGUCCCGCCUACUUCUUGACAACGUAAUCCCAACCCUGCUGACUCAAUCGAUCCACCUUUCC